CGAGAGAAACAGCGGUUCACAAGAGAGCGUGUAAGAGACGAGAUAAGAGCUUUAAAAGAGGAGAAAUACGCCACAGAGCUAUACUUGGAGUCUCUGCAGAUACCCUUGAUGGUUUCUUCGCAGUGCCUGUCUAACAGGGACCAGAGGGUGCCCCCAGAAUUGACUAGAGAUCAGCUUGGGGAAGAACUGAACAAGGAACUUCACAUAAUCGAAAACAGCAAACGAAACUUGAUGGACGUGUGCCACAUGGGCUGGGAUAAGCUGAAAGAACUAACCAACGUUUUCUGUCGCUUGGAACGCGAGAUACAGAACAAAGAUGAAACUCUGACGCUGGAGUACAACGUCAAAGACUUAAACAGGGACAGCUCUGAUAUAUCUUUUAAGUUAGAUCCUACUAGGAUUCCUGCUAAUUCCAUGUCCGAAGAAGCGUACGUAAAAUGCAUCGAGAACACAAUCAACAUCGCUGACCAACUUAUGUCAGAAUCCAGAAUGUUACGCGAGACAAUGUUUAAAGCAAGAGAAUUGGCAAAAAACCAAAUGCAUGCGCAGUGCCAGUACGUUGAGAUGAUGUUGAGGAGACGCGUGUAUGACAUACAGAGAGCGAGGAAUGAGAUGGAGUGGCAGAAACGUAAGUUGGAACUAAAUCUACACAACUUGGACAGAGAGAUCGAAGCUCUAAGAGCCGCCGUUGCUGACAAGAUAAACCCUACGAAAUUGGUAGAGACCAGACUCGAAAUGAGAAAUAGAAGACCUGUUCUUGAAUUAGUUCAGGAUAAGCCUAUGAGAGGCCUCAUAGAAGAAUUCGAAAGAGUGCAUUUGAGUAGUUCGAAAUUGGAGAAAAAGUUGGAAGAUGCACUGACUACAUAUCACGGAAUGUAUAACCAUCAUCAACGUGUAACAAAAGACUUGGAAUACAAGAAUCAAGCUCUGGAAACAGAUAGAAGGCUGAUUGAGAUAAGAAAGCCUUUACAUGGACCUGAUGACACUGAAUUUAAGAGAAACGUUGGAUAUUGUCGUUUGAGUGACGAGUUGGUGACUGAUUAAGACCUAGUUG